GGGCAUGCGCAGAGCGCGCGGGCCACGGUUGCCGUGGCAGCGCCGGCUGGAGCGGAGGGCUGCGGGUGCGGCGCGGGGACCGCAGCGGUGUGAGGCGGCCACACCGCUACCCGAGAGCUCGUGGUCCGGCCAGAGGCGGCCCAGGGUAGGCCUGAGCGGCUGGGCGCGUCACCCGGCCGGCGGGGAUGCGGGACCGGCUGCCGGACCUGACGGCGUGUAGGAAAAAUGAUGAUGGAGACACAAUUAUUGUUGUUGAAAAGGAUCAUUUUAUGGAUGAUUUCUUCCAUCAGGUUGAGGAGAUUAGAAACAAUAUCAGUAAAAUAGCUCAAUAUGUCGAAGAAGUAAAGAAAAACCACAGCAUCAUUCUUUCUGCACCAAACCCAGAAGGAAAAAUAAAAGAAGAGCUUGAAGAUCUGAACAAAGAAAUCAAGAAAACAGCUAAUAAAAUUCGAUCUAAGUUAAAGUCCAUUGAACAAAGUUUCGAUCAAGAUGAGAGUGGGAACCGAACUUCGGUGGAUCUUCGGAUACGAAGAACCCAGCACUCGGUGCUGUCUCGAAAAUUUGUGGAGGUCAUGACUGAGUACAAUGAAGCCCAGACUCUGUUCCGGGAGCGCAGCAAGGGCCGCAUCCAGCGCCAGCUGGAAAUCACUGGGAGGACCACCACGGACGAGGAGCUGGAGGAGAUGCUGGAGAGCGGGAAGCCUUCCGUCUUCACUUCCGACAUUAUAUCAGAUUCACAAAUUACUAAACAAGCUCUCAAUGAGAUCGAGUCUCGUCACAAGGACAUCAUGAAGCUGGAGACCAGCAUCCGGGAGCUGCAUGACAUGUUCAUGGAUAUGGCCAUGUUUGUGGAGACCCAGGGUGAAAUGAUCAACAACAUAGAAAGAAACGUUAUGAAUGCCACAGACUAUGUUGAACGUGCUAAAGAAGAAACUAAAAAGGCUGUUAAAUAUCGCAGCAAAGCAAGGAGGAAAAUGAUAUUCAUUAUUAUUUGUGUAAUUAUAUUGCUCGUGAUCCUUGGAAUUAUCCUGGCAACAACAUUGUCAUAGCAACCAUAUCCCAAGAGCUAUUUAUCCUUGGAGACACAGACCACACCUGCAACAAAAUCAACAUCCUGUCGCUUCGUGAAUAAAUCUUAGACUCUGUGGCUUGGCGCUAGGUGCUGACUUUUUAAUUAAUGAAUCCAAGGAGAAAGCACAAUAGAAUGUCUUGUCCGGUGAAAACACUGUGAACAGAAUGGAUUUGAUAGUGAACUUAAAUGUCCUAGACUCUAAAUAACACACUACAAAACUUUAACGAUGUGAAACUUGUUUCCAGGGCCUUGAGAAAUAAGGAAUUAUUGAAAAUUUCAAUUUUUAAAAUAUUUCAGUGUUAAAAAUGUAUUUAAAAUUUAAUGAGGAAUACUUUAUGUUACGAAACUAUUAGAUUUCAGGUCCAAGACUUACGUUCCUCCCCUUCUCCCAGCUAAUAUAUGCUAAAUAAAAGACUUUUUGUACUAUGUUUGUUUACUUCUUGUUUGCAGGAAUAAUUUUUAUCAUAGAGCUGUUUUGUAAGAUAUCUGUAAUUUUAAAUGUUUAUAAAUUGUUUAAUAUAUUAACAUCUUAAUUUACACUGUUUUAUAUACUAAAUAUUGCCUUUUGAAAAAAAUAGGAAGUUUCAUGUUAGAACCAUCUUUGUACAGUUGUUUACAAAGUUUGCCAUCAUCAUAGUAAACAUUGGUUGGAAAGCCCCGCAUAAAUCCUUUCAAGUGCCUUCUGAUUAUAUUGAUCGAUAAAGUUGAAAUGCACCUAAUACCCUUUAAAAAGCCAUGUUUAUUUACUUCCAGUUUCUACCUGUCCCAUCACCCAGGAUAGUACAUAAUUCACUACUGCAUUGUCAAGACAAUGGCAUCUUCUUUGUUCACUAAAUAUAAGAUUUAUGUUUCCCUGUUUACAUUAAUAAAGUCUGAAUUUACAGUGGUGAUGAACCAAGAUUUAGUACUCUCUAAACUCAAGGAAAUUAUUCCUAGACAUUAAGUAAUUCUCACAAAUGUAAACUAUUGUACAGAUCACUUAAAUGUUCUUGUUAAGUACCUACUAUCCUGCUAAACUUUAAAAGUUAAUUCCCAUAGUUUGUAGGGAUCGAAAAUAAUGUUUUUAUUGCUCAAUACUGUUUUUAGUAUGAUAGUAUGCUUUAUUUUUAGUUCAUAAUAUGUAUGAACUAAAGAAUGGUCAUCUAUUAACGUAGCGACUAGUCAGAAUUUCAAGUGAAUAGGUGAAGGAUACCCCCCAAAUAGUUAAUUUGUGUUACUCCUAUGUGUAAUUGUAUAGGCAUAUGACUAUAUUUUAACAUUGUUUGGUUUGAAACUAAAGUAGCUGUGCUUGAUUCCAAACAAUUAGUGUGGGUAAUAUUGGGCAGUUUAGAAACUGCCUUCCUUAUUCAAUACUGUUAUGAAUUUCACUUGUUCAUAACUUACACAUCCAGCUGCUUAGCUUAGUUCCAGUCUGUAUUUCGCAUUUUAUUACUUGCUGGUCAUCACUCUGUACUCAGAAUUACUACAGGAGUAUUCUGACUCUGACACACACACACACAAAUAGAACCUCCACAGUUGACCACCUCCUUACAGUUGGCUUAAUUUUCAUAGGCCAACACACACCAUGUGUGUAUCAGUGCAGUAGGCCUCUUAUGUUGACCACCUCUGUAUGUUGACCGGUUUGUUGCAAUCCCUUGUAUGGUCAACUUACAGUGGUUCUACUGUACAUAUAUAUAUAUUUUGGUCUUUAAAUAGCCUGUUGGUGGUGUGUGGCUCACUGUUUUGUGAUUAAGCUGAAGGUAUAACUUGUCUUGAAGAAUAUUUAAGUGUUUAAAGAUCGCGCUUAUAUUGAUACUUUUGUUUACUUGCAUGAUCAUGUCUGCUUUUGUGUCCCACUUCAAGUUCAAUCUUAUUAGUCCUCACUUCCUAAUACUCCUCAUUGUGUUUUUUAAAAUUGUUCUGGGCGGCACCUGUAGCUCAGUCGGC